UUUAAGUUUACCACCUAAUUAAAUCGAAAACAGUGAAGAAGAUUCACGAACAACUAUGAUCUCAUUUCAUAAUUGAUCAACAGUUACAUUUUUUAAGUUUCGGUUUGAUUAUUUCUUUAUUGAUCAAAACACGUUUGGAAGCUGUUCUGAUAAUUUGAACAUAAAUUAUUUUUAUUAAGGAAUGGAGAACAAUGAAAAUGGAGACAAGUGGCCGAAUCAAGGUGCCGGCUAUGUUCCCCUGCAUCUGCGUUUAAAUGCUGAUCCUAGUUUAAUGGAAGAUUGUACAAAAACUGCAAAUGAAAUUCAGUCUUUUUGUAUGGCUGUUGAAGAUUCCAUUGAUAGUAAUGCAUUAUUUGAUACAACACAACAUGAUGUUUCAACAUUGCACAAGUUAGGAAAUGUUGAGACUGCAGAAAAUGAUAAGCAGCCUUAUAAUUGUACAGAAAAAGAAAUGGGUAAUUUGACUGAGGUGAAUAGGGAUAAGUGCAAUGAAAAAGACAAAGUGGUUACAUUACAUAUAGAUGAUUCAAGUGAAAACACUGAGGCUAGCAGUGGAGAUAGCGCUAAAACUGACAAAACUGUAAAGGGCAGUGGCCAUGAAAACGAGGGUAUGGAUGGUAACUCUGAAGAAAAACAUAUAGAAGAAGCCACUGAAGAAGCAGAUGUGGCCAGCGAGGGGUCGGACCAGGAGUAUGAGUCAGCCGAGGAAGGGGAGGAGCUAAAUCUGGACCAACUGCAUCUCAGGGACAUGGAGAAUGAACUGUCAGACGAACAGAAGGAGGAGAAGAGAGAAAGUGUGGCAGCCUUGAAGGAAGAAGGCAAUGAGUUAUUCCGUACAGGAAGCUACAAGUCGGCCAUUAUCGCCUAUUCCAGGGCAUUGAGGGCCUGUCCACUGAAGUUUGCCCGGGACCGGGCCAUAUUGUAUUCAAACAAGGCAGCCUGCAAAAUGAGACUGGAGAUGUACGAAGAGUGUAUCCGAGACUGCACCAAGGCAAUAGAGCUGCACCCACACUACCUGAAGGCGGUCAUGCGACGCGCAGAAAUCUACGAGAAGCUAGACAAACUGGACGAGGCACUGGCUGACUACCAGAAGAUACUGGAGCUUGAUCCAGGGCAGCAUUCGGCCCGGGCGGCUUGUUUAAGACUACCAGAUCAAAUCAAGGAGAGGAAUGAAAAGCUCAAAACUGAAAUGAUUGGAAAGCUCAAGGAACUGGGGAACAUGGUUCUACGACCGUUUGGACUGUCCACCAACAAUUUCCAGCUUAACCAAGACCCAAACACAGGGGGAUACUCUGUCAACUUUGUGCAGAACACCCCACAACAGUGAUAUUAAUAAUGUUGAAACUGUUUCAAAUGAUAUCCAAUUAUAUAUGUAAUGAUGUUGAUUCUAAGACAAGAUGGAAGUAGGAUGAGUUCAAUUUGAACUGAUUACUGUGAUAAGUAAUGGCUUCACACAACUUUAGUGUACAUGUAACUUUGAAGUGAUAUGUAAUAAAUGGAAUAAUUCUUA